GAAGGAGAAAAAGAAGAGGAACAGCAGGAAAGAGAGACAGAUAUGCAAGAUGAUGAAAGGAAUGACGAUGAUCAUUCAGAACCUAUGUUCCCCAAACCUCUCAAGGUUUGUUUCCUAUAAUGUUAUCCGGUAUAAUAAUAUUAUAUGUCGUUCUUAGAUCGUGCUCAUGGGUAUGCCAUGGUAAACAGAACAGGAGUUAGAAGGAUAACACGAUAGCCACAUAUAAGGUGGUAAUAUAUUUAAAACAUUUAUUUAUAGAAUAAGAGACGAUUGAAACCCUGCCCCAUCUGCGGGCGUUCCUUCAAGGUCCUCUUAUCACACCUAAAGGUUAAUCAUAAACUCGGCGCACAGGAGGCAAAGCGUCUGUCCGGCCAGAAACGUCUCGUCCAGUUGGGGACUACUCAAAAGACCCGCCCUGUCCCUUGCCCGCACCCUGGAUGCAGAAAUGUGGUCGUCCGUGUCGACCGGCACCUCGUCAGGGUACACGGAAUGGAAAAAACAGACACAGAGUACAUUCGCAUGAACAAUGAAACAAAGGCCAAGAGGCAUAGUGUUGCAUCAAAAAAAGCGGCGAAGUUGUUGAAUAGAAAGUCGCCAAUGAAGAUGGAAGACCUUCCAUUGAAAGGAGAAACAAAAGACAUAGAAGUGUUGUUUGCCAAAUUGCUUUCACGAGAAACCAUCAGACAAAAGCUCAUUGAUUUUCAAGUUUUUUCUGCUCUUUUCAAGAAAGAGAGUGGCAAACAUCAGUUAUAA